AGUGGUGGAGGAAGUGUCUGGCACCUGCUCCGAAUCACUGUUUGGCUCUGUGGCCGAUGACCAGAAACUGAUGAUCUGGGACACACGGUCCAACAACACGUCCAAGCCCAGCCAUGCAGUGGAUGCCCACACUGCAGAGGUCAACUGUCUGUCCUUCAACCCCUACAGCGAGUUCAUCCUAGCCACCGGCUCUGCAGACAAGACUGUUGCUCUCUGGGAUCUGCGUAACCUCAAACUGAAGCUCCACUCUUUCGAAUCGCACAAGGAUGAAAUCUUCCAGGUAAUACUCCAUAAAUAGUAAACAAUCUCAA